AAUUGUUAUAUAAUAUCAAACGUGCCUUCCACAAGUUUCUAAAUCUAAAGGUUGCAAUAAAAACAUAAGUCCACUUUUAAAAACAUACAAAACAUAUCUUCCUGUCAACAUGGCGACACCACCGUUAACGCCGAGGAUGCUGAUUCCGACGACACUGCCACCUCUCGGAAGCCCACGGUCUAAGGAAUCCACCGUACGGCCCGAGAUCACGCUGGAGCAGCCCUCCGGCAAGACCAAAUCAACCGGGUCCAAAUCGAACAAGCUACUCCGCCGCGUCCGCUCAGUGUUCCGAUCGCUUCCGAUCAUGUCACCGAUGUGUAAAUUCCCCGGGGGAGGAGGGACGCGCGUCCACGAGAACCACGUCCACCACGGAGGGACGCGCGUCACGGGAACGCUGUUCGGUUACCGCAAAACGCGGGUUAAUAUGGCGAUCCAGGAGACCCCGCGCUCUCUCCCGAUCCUCGUCCUGGAGCUGGCGAUCCCGACGGCGAAGCUCCUCCAGGACCUCGGGGUGGGGCUGGUGAGGAUCGCGCUCGAGUGCGAGAAGAGGCCGAGCGAGAGGACGACGAAGAUUGUGGACGAGCCGAUUUGGGCGUUGUACUGCAACGGGAAGAAGUCGGGGUACGGGGUUAAGAGGCAGCCGACGGAGGAGGAUCUUGUGGUGAUGCAGAUGCUUCACGCGGUGUCGAUGGGAGCUGGUGUGUUGCCGGUGAACAGCGGCGGAGGAGGAGGAGAAGGAGAUUUGACUUAUAUGAGAGCACAUUUUGAGAGAGUGAUUGGGUCGAGAGACUCUGAGACUUAUUACAUGAUGAACCCUGACGGGAACAGUGGUCCUGAGCUCAGUAUCUUCUUCGUUCGGGUUUAAACGCCAUCGUUUUAAGGGAAAGGAGAAAACAACCACACACGUGCAGGUGCAUACGUGCGUGUCAUUAAUCGUUUUUUUUUUACUUAUAUGCUUUUUUAUAUUGUUAUUGAAUUUCUUACUAACUGGUGAUGUAAAAACAUGGAUUUGACCACGUCUUCUGUGGCUGUGAGGGAAGAGAUGAGCUUGUAGUUUUGGGUAACCAUUAAUCCAUUAUAGUGAGUGUGUUCAAUCUAGUUUCGCAUUUAGUUUUGUUUAAGA